AUGGUGGAUUGGACAUUGUCUGAGAAACUUGAUGCAAACAGAAAUGGGCUGCUUUUGGAGCACCUCCAGCUGAUAAAUGAGGUGCUUGUGUUUACAGUCGGUAUCCUAUGCCAAUCAAAGAUAUCUCGGAUAAUCUUAUCACAAGAAAAGAACAUUCAGAGACUUAACGAGCUUGUGCGGAGUCUUAGGGAACAAUUGCUACAAUGUCGGAGCAAUAAUGAGACGAUUAAGGGCACAGAUAGCUCGCUGAGUGGAAAUAUCAUUGAGCUUGAAUAA